AUGGCCGCUGAUAUAUAGUGAAGCUGAUGCAACACCGGCCGGAGAUAACACGAGCAUCACGUCAGAGUACUGCAGCUCAGAGGAGGAAACAGCAUCUCAUCCUCACAAAGCGACUCAGGAGUUUUUACCGUUUACCUCCUGAAGAAGAAUAACCGGUACCAGCAUGCCUGUCCUCAGAGCCCUCAGUAAGGUGGUCAAGCAGACCCUGCUUGGCAGCCCGGGGUGCAGCUGCCAGCCCCUCACGGUGGCUGUGCGCAACAUCAGCUUCUCCCCUCGCCAGGUGACGUCUGAUGCCAGCUUCCACUCUGUGUCCUUCUCAGAAACAGACCACCCCAAGGUGCUCAUCACAGGUGGUCUGGGACAGCUCGGGGUGGGGCUUGCCAAAAUGUUAAGAAAGAAGUUUGGAAAGAAUAACGUCAUCCUGUCCGACAUCAGGAAACCUCCCAGCAGCGUUUUCCAUAGUGGCCCCUUCAUCUACUCAGACAUCCUGGACUACAAGAACCUGCGGGAGAUUGUGGUGAACAACCGCAUCACUUGGCUGUUUCACUACAGCGCCCUGCUCAGUGCUGUUGGAGAGGCCAACGUGGCCCUGGCGCGCUCCGUAAACAUCACCGGGCUUCACAACAUCCUGGACAUCGCAGCGGAGCACGGCCUGCGUCUGUUUGUCCCCAGCACUAUUGGAGCCUUCGGUCCCACUUCUCCCAGAAACCCCACUCCAGAUCUGUGUGUGCAGAGACCUCGCACCAUCUAUGGGGUCUCCAAAGUGCAUGCAGAGCUGAUGGGAGAGUAUUACCACCACCGUUACGGCCUGGACUUCCGCUGUCUCCGCUACCCAGGGAUCAUUUCUGCUGACUCCAUGCCAGGGGGUGGGACAACAGACUAUGCCGUCCAGAUUUUCCACGAUGCGAUCAAAAGUGGGAAAUUCGAGUGCAACCUGAGACCCGACACGCGGCUGCCCAUGAUGUACAUCGACGACUGCCUGCGCGCCACGCUGGAGGUGAUGGAGGCCCCCGUUGACACGCUGAGCAUGAGGACCUACAACAUCAAUGCCAUGAGCUUCACCCCCGAGGAACUGGCCCAGGAGCUGCAGAAGCAGAUGCCCGAGCUGGAGGUCACGUAUGACGUGGACCACGUACGGCAGGCCAUCGCUGACAGUUGGCCGAUGAACUUCGAUGACUCCAACGCACGGAAGGAGUGGGGCUGGAAGCACGAUUACGAUCUCCCAGAGCUCAUCCAGACCAUGCUGAACUACCUAAGCUCGGAGACGCGAGUUGCUCGUGCUAACUGAGGGAUGCUCACCAUCGGUCCGAGUAUUCAUUGUACAUAAUGUAAAGACUGACCAAAGAGAAACCUGGCCUGUACAUAGUCAUUCUCUCACUUCUCUGUAAAACCAGAAGGGCUCUGCUUGCCUGGCACACCGUGUCUCCAGAAUGAAAAGGUCAGUGCAACGGAGACACUCCUCCCGCUCCCGUCUACUCCCUGCUUCGCUUUUGCCUCAUUUUUUCUGCUUGAAAAUCUGGGUGAGGAGCAGUGUGACGGUGGAAUGUUGUCUGCAGUGUCAAGGAUAACAACGUGGCCUGUGAAAACUUGUUUGGAUUAAGAAGAAGAUGACUUGUAUGUUAAUGAAUUGUUGCAAAAAUCUAUUUAACAAACUGAGAAUGUUACCUUUUUGUAAGUGUUUCCACUUGUUAUUCUUUGGAGAUCCAAAUAGUUUUGCUUUUAAAGGAAUUUAAAAAAAGCUCCUGUGGCUUAAAUCAAGUUAAUUUAGUUUCCUUUUGUUGUGUCCUUUGAUGCACUUUAGACAGAUUCCUGUUAAAAUUACUGACAUUAUCUUAUCACCUGCAGGGGGCAGUGAAUCUGUAUUUUGAGCAGUGUGCAGAGUUAUUAUAAAGAACUGUUCUGUUUAUUCCACGUUAUUUAUUCUCUCUGGGUGUUUCUCAAUGUCGAGGAAGGCUACUCCAGAGCCACUAUUUCAAGCAUACUACGUCAUCGAGUUACUUGGAAUUCUACUGAGGCCGGCGUACUUCGUAGCGAGAAAUUUCGAGGCUGCACAUGUAUAGACUCCGCCUUCUUAAAAUCCCCACAAUGCUUUGCGCACGGACCAAUUUCCAAAUCUUUGGCGGAAGAAGAGCUCCCUUUAAGGCGGGGCCUCGAAUAUGACGCACACUUGUUAGCCUGUUCCACAAUUCUUUGUUUUCCGAGGCUAGGAAGGAAUCUUGCCUCGCUUCUGAAGCAAGUGACUCGGAAGACAUGUGCUACCAAGCAAGCGUCCUCGACAUUGAGAAACACCCUGCGUUUGUCUUAAACAUCAGGGAGCUUCACCGAGUGAAAGCAUUCCUUAAGUGUUCUACCUGUCCACUUUAAUAUAUAUUUUUUUUUCAUCAACUAUGCUGGAUUAAUUUGAAAAUGCUUCUUUAUGCCACUUUUGUGUUUGCCACAUUUAGUGGUUUCUGUAUUUGGACAUUUGAAAUGAAAUCGGUUAAUUAUGUUCUUCCAAUCACACAAGCUUUGACAAUAAAAUAUUUUUCCACAUA